ACAAAAGUUGUAUGUUAUUUAUUACAGUACUUAUGUUUUUUACCUUGCCAGGGAUAUAAUUACCGCAGUCAAUCAUCUUCCACUAGGCAUUUCUCAGCUGUUGACAGGAGUGAUAUUCCAAAACAGGUGCCCCUCAUUUUCCGAAUGGGUUAGGUUCCUUGGAUGGCGAAUAACAGAAAAAAUUGGAAAAAGGGGUUUGGUUCCCGAACAAGAAGAAAACCCCAAACAACUAAAAUCUAUGGCCUUACAGUGAGAACAGCACAUUCCCAGAAGACAAUUCUGCCUAUGCAGAGAUGUAUCCUGGUGAUGCUGGAGAGGCAUACCAGUCUGGUGGAGAGUUUCCUCAUGACACUCACCAAGCAGAUUUUGGGAAUAGUGGAGAGUACCAGGAGAGUCGUACAGUUUUAGUAGAUGGAAGUGACCAUUUUGGAGUUUCAGCUGUUAGCACUGACAGAAAAGAAGAAUUAGUUUGGAUGGGGAAUUCAGGGGGACAUGUGACAUCAUACCUAAGUACCGAACUCAUGAAGUACACAUCUUUCCAAGUUCACGCUACUGAGGAAAUUCGUGAUCUACGAUCUAUUGACCCUGGAAUCCUGGCACUAACUCCAACUUCCUUAAAUCUCCGCACCAGACAAGGAAUGCCUACCUUCACACACCAGUCGCCCCAGUUAGAGAACAUGCAGUGUAUGGUUCAGUUGGGAGGUAACUUCUCUAAUCGCCUGCUAUUAGGAGGACACCAGAGCUCCAUGGUGGAGUAUGAUCUCGCACGUCAGGAACAGAUCAGAUGUCACCAAGUUGGAGAGCAAGGUUGUGUUAUUCUUCGUGAUCAUCCUAGAUUUGUUUGUCACGGUGAUCUGACAGGAAGAAUAGUCCUUCAUGAUCCACGUACAAUACGUCAGGAACACUCUUUUCAAGCUCACACUGGUAGCCUUUCGGAUUUUGAUGUUUUUGGUAAUUACAUCGCUACAUGUGGGUUCUCAAAUAGAAUGGGUCAGUUGCUCGGAGAUCAGUUUGUUAUGGUAUUUGACCUGCGUAUGAUGAAGCUGUCUCUGCCCUUGCGAGCUCUGGUUCCUCCUUUCUUGUUGAAGUUCCUACCUGGUUUGUCAUCAUGUCUAGCUGUGAUAUCGCCUGUGGGACAGUGGCAAAUGAUGGAUGCAGGGCAGCCUGACAAUUCUAUCUUGAGCAUGAAUUAUCAGAUCAACUGUGUCCCAGAAAGUGUGAUCACAACAUUUGAUGUUGCCCCGUCCUCACAAGCUAUUGUUUUCGGGGAUAGCUUAGGAUCACUGCAUCUCUUCACGUCUGGUAGUAAACCAAGAUUCAACAAUUUUUCUCAGGAAACCAUCAUGCCAGAUUUACCAGAGCAGACCCAGACAAUGCCUGUGACAGAUAACACAGCUUCUUUAGCAUCUCUGCCCAUGUAUUACCCAACAAGUGCACUGCUUUCUGACUGGCCAGAGCAGUAUAUGAAAGCUCUUUACAGACCUACACCACCUGUUGAUGGAUCCAUUCUGCAAAGUAUGAAGCUUGUUGGUUCCAUUGGUUAUGCUCCAAACUUGCACAACAAAAAAAGGAACCAGGUCCCAUAUAAAUUCAGCCGCACAAAAGGGCAAAAAUCGAAUGUGAGUGAAAAUAUUUUGGGGAAAAAUGAAGAAGGAAUUGCAGUUCAUGUCCCAUGGAGAUACAGGAAAAUAGAGAUCAAGUAUGGAAAGCUUGGUAUGGAUGACUUUGAUUACGAUCAGUACAACCGAACUAGUUUUUCUGGACUUGACAUGUCUCUUCCAAACUCCUACUGUAAUCCAAUGAUACAGAUGUUUUACUAUAUUGCCCCUCUUCGUGCACUGAUGAUGUCCCACUUGUGUGAACGAGAGUUCUGUUUAGUGUGUGAGCUGGGCUUCCUCUUCCAUAUGCUUGAUGUCAGUAUGGGACAAGGUAUACCUUGUCAUGCUUCUAAUUUUUUGAGAGCAUUCAGAACUAUCCCUGAAGCUUCUGCUAUGAGUCUUACACUCUCAGAUCAAGAUAAUCGAGCAAAGAUCAACUUUGCUUCAAAGAUCCAGAGUUGGAACAGGUUUGUGCUACAACAACUGCAUACUGAAACUCUUGAAGAAAAAAUGGAUCAUCCCCGUGUUGACUCCAUGGAUGAGAGGAUGUUCCAAAUGGGCUGCCAGAUAUUAGACUCGAGUAUAGAGGAGAAAGAAGUCAGUAAAACUGAGGAAGGGAACACAAUUGACAGACAAGACAAGCGGGAGUACUCACCAGUAGCAAAUAUAUUUGGAUCACAUGUGGUCAGCAUCAACAAGUGUGCCAGAUGUAACCAUGAGAUCCAUAAAGACACCACCUCGCUUCUUGUCAACCUAAACUUUCCUGAUGUCAUGGAUGGUAGCUGUUCAUUUUCUUCAGUGGUGGAGUUGAGUAUGAGCCUUGAACAAACAAGACAAGCUUGGUGUGAUUCUUGUGUCAGAUACCAACCUAUAGAGCAGUGGCGGCGCUAUAAAACUUUACCAAAUAUAUUGGCAAUGAACUGUGGCCUUGAUAGUGCACAGGAUAUCAAGUUCUGGAGAAACCAAUUUGAAAUUUUGCUAACAGAGAUUCGUGAUAAAAAAAGAGAGGAAGAAAAGAAAAAUGCAGAAGCUAAACAGGGAAAUAAUGAUAAAGAAAAUAACAAGACUAAAGAAAGGAGUACUCCUUCUCUUAGUGCAGGUAGUCCUUCAACGCCAUCUAAGAGAUACCCAGAUACCUCUACCCCACAGCCAUCUCCUGCUCGACCUUGUAGAUAUGGACAGGCCUGUACUCGUCAUGACUGCCGAUUUUGGCAUCCUGGCCGUGAUGCUGGGGAAGCAGGCCAGCAGCCAAUGCAUGUAUUAAGUCUUCUUGACCAGACCAUGGAGUACUCUUGGGUGCCACUUGGUAUGAGGGCCAAACUUAAUGACGACGGCACUGUAUCACUCUCUGAUAUUUCAAAAACUGAGCUUGAAAAUGCCACAGAAGAUGAAACGGGUGUUGUAUAUGAGCUUGUUGGUGUUGUCUCACACAUAGCUGACCCUCGCUUCCCAGACAAGAAUAACUUGGUUUCUUGUAUAAAAGUCGGUCCCAGCUAUCAUGUACGUGCCAAAGUGUCGUCCGUCUCUCAUUGGUAUCUUUUCAAUGACAUAAGCAUCCAACCAAUAGCACCAGAAGAAGCAGUGUGGUUUCCAUGUGGCUGGAAGACUCCUUGUGUGUUGUACUGGCAGCGGCGUCAGAUACCUUCUGAAACCCAAGAAAUAGAGCCAAUUAAUCCAGUUACUGUAGAUGUGUUUGGUGAAGAUAAAUCAUUAGCACAACGUGGAAGAAAAAGAAUAACUUUCACACCACUCACAGCAGACGAAAUGCCUGGGGAAGGUGACCUAGUUGCUAUGGAUGCAGAAUUUGUAAAUCUUCAUCAGGAAGAGGCAGAGAUUCGCAGCGAUGGUACGCGGACUACCAUUAAGCCGUCACAGAAGUCUGUUGCAAGGAUUACCUGCAUAAGAGGACAAGGUCCUUUGGAGGGCACACCUUUCCUUGAUGACUACAUCUCUACUCAAGAGCAAGUGGUCGACUACCUCACACAGUUUUCUGGGAUUAAACCUGGUGACCUGGAUGCUAACUUUUCCCAGAAGCACCUCACUACUCUUAAGUCAACUUAUGUGAAACUUAGAUACUUGGUUGAUAAAGGUGUAAAAUUUGUAGGACAUGGAUUAAAGAAUGAUUUCAGGGUGAUCAACAUGACAGUACCUAUGGCACAACUGAUAGACACAGUGCACCUCUUCCACAUGUCUCAUAACCGGAUGGUCUCCCUGAAAUUCCUUGCCUGGCACUUUCUCAAACUCAAAAUUCAGAGUGUAACCCACGAUAGUAUAGAGGAUGCCAGAACUGCUCUUGCUCUUUAUCAGAAGUACUGUGAAUUAAAAGCUGAUGGUGAUUUAGUUAUGGAGCUCCAAAUAUUAUAUGAAGCUGGUAAGAAGGCACAAUGGAAAGUUCCUGGGGAGGAGGAAGAGGAAUAAUGAUGUACACUGGCAAUGGGAGAGCUGUCUCAGAAUUGGUGAGACUAAUAUUAGUAUUACCAACUGCAAGUUCAAAUGAGGAAACUGUUUAUAUUCAGGUAGAGACAAGUAAUGAAAUUUGUAUCUACAGUAACUGCAACUCAGUGCUGAAGAGCACAUAUAAUGAAUUUUAGCAAUACAGAUAUUGUAAAGUGUUAGAGAAAUUUUAUUUUGAAAAAGGUGAAUAUGAAUAAAGGAACGUUUUGACUGCUAUUGAAUGUAACUUAUUUUAUUUUUUAGUUACAGGCAGAGAUACUUAAUUCAGAAUGUAAUGGGCAACUGUGUACUGUACUAAAAUCAGGUGGCUACAUUUCAUUUUAAUAGAUCAAACUAAUGUCAUUCCUUUCUUGAGGUUUUAUACUGUGGGUUUCAAAAAAGUUGGUUUGAAAUAAUUAAACAUUAAAACCCCGAUAAUCCAGACUUCAAUAAAGCAAAUUUCUAAACCAUGGCUAGCUGAUGAGCCUUGCAACUCAGUCAUUUGUCUAUCAUUGAUUACAUUUUGUCAGUGUUUUCCUGUGAUUAUCUUUAACUUAAUUUAUUUAAGCUAUCAGAGUAAAACAUGGCUUGUAAUGCUGGUAAAUCUUCAGUGGGAGAUAAAACACCUAAACGAGAGCAUGUAACAUGAGCAACUAAUUAAAAUAUUGAAAUCAUAAACAAAUUUGAGCAAGGUGUUUAGACAGAGUAACAUUAUGAAUGAUUAUUUGAUUGGUGCAAGUAGUUUGUGAUAUUAUGAAUAAACAAAAGGACAAAUAGAGAUUUUUCAUGGCAAACACUACUGACUGAAGUAAAAGUGGUGAUAAAGGAAAAAGAUGCUAUAGUUAACCAGAUAGAUAAAGGUUUGUGCAAGUAGUAGAAAGAUCUAAAGGUGCUCCAGUGUCCGAUCUUAUAUUAACUGAGAAGGCUAAACAAUUCCAUGUGAAAACGGGAAGAAUAUAAAGUACCUGUACAUGAAUCUUUAUAACUGCUGAAUAAAGGAAAUUAUAUUCAAGAAUAAUCAACACUGGAAACUUGUUAAAUGUUUUGCUAUUUGUUAUUUUAUCUCUUAAGUACUGUACAUUAAUUGCUAUACUUACAGAAUACUAUAGUUAUUAAGAGUUUUAUUCACUCUGUAAUACCAUUGAUGUAUUGUUAUUUCUUCAAGUAAUUAUAGGUUAUGUAAGUGUUACUUUUAUAUUGCAAUGAGUUAAUAUUCUCUCAACAAUCUGAACACUCUCUGGUUCCAAACAGUUUGGAUUAUCGAGGUUCUACUGUAUUUUACAAGAACAGUGAUAUAAUAACAAUGGUGGAAGGAGAGACACUGUUUUAAUAUAGAUUAGGGAGUGAAAACAAAAAACUUUCUCAAAAGACAAUGUAAUGUAUUUAUUUUGUCUAUUACUAAAUUCAAGUACUUUAGUUCAAAAAAGAUAAAAAAUUUUAUCUUCCUAUUUUUAAGUUAGUCCUUCAGGCCAGGAAUCAUUAUAAUAUUAAAACACUAAUGGAUCUAGGAUUAAUAUAAUGAAGUAAUGUAUGUUAUUUCGAAAGUACAACAUUUUAUAUUCAGAUAGCACCACUCUAUUUUCUAUAUUUUAUAACAUCUAAUCCACACUCUCUCUGUCAAGAUACAUAAUUACAUUCUUAUUUUAUUUUAUAUUUUGUAGUUUAUUAACCAAUAUUACAUGAUUAUUGUAGUUGUUAAUCACUAUUCAA